GAGGUCAGAACUCAGAAGGGGUUCAGUAUUCACGAGACAAUUUUCCAUCCAAUGCAAAAUCGAAGUUGCGAAUCUUAACAAUGGCUGCUUCCCUUUUGCGAUUUCGAACAUCCCUUGUUCCUUUCUCUCUGAUGACCAAUUUUCUUGAAAUUUCUCGUUUGCCUUUCUCCACUGCUUCUGCUUCACCAUCUAAGCGAGUCGGCGUUCAUAACGGCACCUUCCACUGCGACGAAGCCCUUGGAUGCUUUAUGAUUAGCCUCACCUCAAAGUUCCAUGGAGCCCGAAUCAUCCGAACCAGAAACCUUGAGGUUUUGGAUACGCUUGAUGCGGUGCUUGAUGUUGGAGGAGUAUAUGAUCCGAGCAGCAACAGGUUUGAUCAUCAUCAGAAAGGGUUCGAUGAAAUACUCUGUAAUGGAUUUUCCACUAAACUAAGUAGUGCUGGCCUUGUGUAUAAGCAUUAUGGGGUUGAGAUAAUUGCGAAGGAAAUUCAGAUGGAUGAGGGGCAUCCUGAUGUACAUAGCCUGUUUUUAGCUGUUUACAAGAAUUUUGUGGAGGCAGUUGAUGCUAUUGACAAUGGAAUCAAUCAGUAUGAGACAGAUCAGCCUCCCAGAUAUGUGAACAAUACAACUCUGUCCUCCAGAAUUUCCAGAUUGAACAUGAACUGGUAUGAUACUGAUCAAUCAUCUGAGAAAGAAGAUCAAGCCUUUCAACAUGCAAUGGCUUUGGCGGGGAGUGAAUUUAUCAACUGUAUCCAUUUUCAUGCAAAAUCAUGGUUGCCAGCAAGAUCGGUUGUAAUGGAAUGUCUUGCAGCAAGAAAGGAUAUUGAUCCCAGUGGAGAAAUCAUGUUGCUGACGAAAUCUUGCCCUUGGAAAUUUCACAUAUUCGACCUUGAGGUGGAACUGAAGAUUGAUCCUCUCCUGAAAUACGUUAUUUAUCAGGAUGACAGGAACAGUAAGUGGCGAGUGCAGGCAGUGGCAGUUUCACCAGAUAAAUUUGAAAGCAGGAAGCCUCUACCAUCUCAUUGGAGGGGUUUGACAGAUGAUCAUCUUUCUGAAGUGGCAGGAAUAUCCGGUUGUGUUUUUGUGCAUACGAGCGGGUUUAUCGGUGGAAAUAAGACUUACGAGGGUGUUCUAGCCAUGGCAAGAGCUUCUUUAUUGGCUUAAGCAGGAAAGGUCCCAGUCAUUUGAUGAGAACUAUUUAAUCUAGAUACUGAGCUAUGUCUCAAGGAAGCGCAGCCAGGUCUACUGGAACUCUUUAAAGAUCUGCUAGGCCUUGAUAGCUCCAAGGAGCUGCCGGAUCCAUCCUGAACAGACUUUCUAAACGAUUUUGUCAUUUCCCGCUUUGAACUGAUUACCAUGUAGUAUAUUUAUGAAGGAGGUCUCCUUUUAGAUAUUUAAUUUAUCUUGAACAGGCUAUGGCUUAUUCAUGUACAUACCUGUUCAUGACCACUUUCAACAGACAAGCGUAGCGGGCUUCAUAUUUCCUGUAAUCAUUUUCUGGUAAGACUAACC